AUGAGGACUCACCUGCUUCGGCUGUUGCUCCUGAUUCUGCUGAGCUCCUCAGCGCAGGCCCUGAAGUGUCACGAGUGUAGUGCCACAGAGAACUGCUAUCAGCCUACAUCUUGCAGCGCCAUGACCCGCUACUGCUUGACUUCCUGGUACUCACCCCCAGGCCAGCAAACGAGUGUGACAAAAACAUGCUCAUUUACCUGUCCUGAUGUCCAUCAGAGCAUGAAUCACUCCAGGGACUUCUGCUGCAACACAGACCUCUGCAACAGUACCACGAGCCUCCAUGCCAGCUGGGCACUGUUGACCCUCAGCAUCUGCUUUCUCUAUCUCAGGGGAUAAAAGCAGAGCUCCCAUACAGGCUCACAAGCUGCAGAGUUAGGAGUUUAGGGCCCAGGUGCCAUCAUGUGACUGGAAUGUCUCAUAGCCUUAGGCGUGGUACUUCUUCAACUCCGGUCAGCAGGAUUCCAAGAGAGAAUGUCGCUGAUGUACAAAAUCACUAGGACUGAUGGGGUCUUGGAGCUGGACCACAGGCAGAGAGGCCUUAGGCUGAAGGAGACCCUCGCCACUGUCCAGGGUGCUGCAUGCAGAGCUCUGACUGCAAGGGGGCCAUCUGCUGGCCUCCAAGUGCUGGUGCAAGGAAGCCAUCAUGGCUGUGGACCUGUUCCUGGGGGCUGUGGUUGGCCCUUCAGGAGGCCCAAUGAAGUGUUUGGGUUUUCUUUUUACACAUCCCAUGGCUUCCUCUCUCUAACUACUUCAGAGAACCUGAACCUUAGCAUCACCACUUAAGAAGAACUGAGCUCCAGUGUGCCAUUGCCUGCUGAUUCUCCGCCCAGGAGUGAAAUGUGCUGCUUUAACCUGAGUUCAAAGACCCUUGGCAAAUGGAAACCCUGUGGAGAGGCCUCCAGUCUGGCUGUGGGGGAAGGGCAGAUGUGGGGCAGAUUUCCUUAGAACAAGAUGUAGGUCAGCCCUGGCAUCAGCACAGUUGUUGCAUGCGAUGCCAGCUGUGUAGCCAAAGGCCCAGGGUACCUUUGCCCAUGGGAUGGACCCUCUGGAUUCUAUCUGGGGAUGACACCAAGAUCAUUGGGACUUCAGGAGCUUCUGUGAACUCAAGUCUAUUCUGGAGCAAAGAACAGCCAGAAUUAGGAGGGUGAGCACAGGCUUUGUUCAGCUGUGGGUGAAGCCUGAAGUAUUUCUUCUGUGAAAUAAUCCUUCUGUACAUUGUGAAAAUGUGUUACUCUCAUUGUUAAUAAAAAGCUGAUUGGCCCAUAACUAGGCAGCAUUUUC